GAAAACUUAAAAAUAUUGUGCUGUCAGAGUGUGUUUGCAUCAGCGUGAAGCCCAGUGUUAAGUUAAAACAUUGACUGCCUACGCCCACCAACGACAAUUGCCGUAAAUCGAAUUCUGCCGUUAUUCGCAACGCCGGAUUCCCAUCCGUGUGUCCGUCGCGAGUGUGCCAGUGUGCGUGAAAAUAAAAAGUCAAUGGUGCGUGAGUGCGAGUGAGUAGGAAGAAAGCAAAAGCGAUUGGAUUGAUUUGUGACGCUGCUGGCGAAAAGCAGUACCCAGUACCCCUUUCCUUGGGCCAAAACACACACAUACGUACGGCUAUAGUAACUCAGCAUCGAUUGUACAGUUUGAGAGCAAACAAUUCAAUUAGAAAAUGCAGAGCGCAUGAGUUGAAUUGUGAGUGGGCGCCCCACAUAAGCUGACUGCUACCGCACAACGAAGGGAACUAGAAAGAGGAGUGCGUAGUGCGGAGAGAAGAGCAAAUGCGAAGCGAAGAGGAAGAGAGCGAGAGAGAGCAACCAUUGCCAAAGAUUAGUUACUUAGAUUAUUAUAUCAACGGAUCACAAAGGGAACCACAAAUAUUAUAAUGACAUCUAGACUUGAUCGGCUGUUCAUUCUACUGGAGACGGGCUCUACAGCGGCCACUCGUCAGGCGGCCGCCAAGCAGAUUGGUGAGGUUCAAAAGCUUUAUCCACACGAGCUGCACGCUCUGCUGAACAGAUUGGUGGGCUACCUGCACAGUACAUCCUGGGAGACACGGAUAGCUGCAGCCCAGACCGUUGAGGCCAUAUUAAAGCAAGUACCGCCCUGGCAGCCCGAAUUCCAGGUGCUGCCCAAGAAGGAGCGUUGCGCUACUAAUACUGCCACAGCUGCAGCGGCAGCAGAAGAGGACAGUUGCCAGUCAAGUGGUUCCAACUCGACAACGGCCAGCGAGCGACUACUUAGCUUUGAUGAGUUCGAUCUGCAGCAAAUCCUCCACAAAGGUGCCAGACUCAUCGGCUCCGAGGGCAACGAGUUUGAUGUGCAGGAGGAGCAACCGGCUAGUGGAGGCGGGGAGGAGGACAGAAGCCUAGCCAGUCGUCUAAGCCGCCAGCGUGCGGUGCUGAACGACAAACUGGGUCUGACAACGGCCGCCAAACUGGGCGUUAAUCUUACCGAUAUGAUAACAGACGAGGAUGUGGCACUCAACAGGAGUGGCAGCACUUACAAUGUCAACGCAGAAAAGCUUCCAGUUGAGCACUUACUCAACAUAAAGACAGCGGCGAACGGAUCUGGUCAAGCUCCACUUAGUUGCCGUGAGAUGAACAGGGCCAAGCGCAAGGCUCGUCAAAAUACAAGCGGAUGUUCUGUCACUGCAGUUACGCCAACUUGCAGCCGGAGGAACUCCAACAGCAAUCACAGUACUGGCAGCAAUCACAGCAGUAAUGGCACCACUGGUGCUGCAAUAGAAGAACCCGAAAAGAAGAAACUUAAGUCAACGGAUCGGCAGGAAAUCUUCUAUAGUUUAAAUGCUGCUGUGCCAGAUGCUACAGGCACUUGGGUGGAUGCCGUCUCCUGGCCACUGGAGAACUUCUGCUCACGUCUCUUCAUUGAUCUCUUUCACGCCAAAUGGGAGGUGCGCCAUGGGGCGGCAACAGCUCUAAGGGAACUGAUUAAUCAGCACGCUCAAGGAGCGGGAAAGGCAGUGCUACAGACUCGCGAACAGAUGGAUGAAGCACAUAGCCGAUGGCUAGAGGAUGCUGCCCUGCGCCUGCUCUGUGUGCUUUGUCUGGAUCGGUUUGGUGACUUUGUCUCGGAUCAGGUUGUGGCACCGGUUCGCGAGACCUGCGCCCAAGUGCUGGGUACGUUGGUCAAGGAGAUGGAGGCGUCCAAGGUUCAACGAAUCGUGAACAUUCUGCUUCAGCUCAUCCAGCACAAGAACGAGUGGGAUGUGCGGCAUGGUGGACUACUAGGCCUGAAGUAUGUGUUUGUGGUGCGUGAGGAGCUGCUGCCCAUCUAUUUGCCCCAGUCAAUUUCAAACAUUCUCAUCGGCCUGCUGGACGCUGUGGAUGAUGUCGGAGCGGUGGCUGCCGCAACCCUGAUUCCAGUUUCUUCCUGGCUGCCGAAGCUAUUAAAUCCGGCGCAAGUAUCUUCCAUCGUAAAAAUGUUGUGGGACCUACUAUUGGAUCAAGAUGAACUCACGUCUGCCUGCAACAGUUUCAUGGGGCUGUUAGCGGCCAUUCUAUGCCUACCAAACGCUGCUCGUUGGGUAGAGAUGGAGCCGAUGGCCAUUUUGGUACCGCGCCUGUGGCCUUUUCUUUCCCAUAGCACUAGUUCGGUACGAAGAUCAACGCUGAAGACGCUUAUGACCCUGACGAGUGCGGAUAGGGUCAAAUCCGAGCCCAAAGACGAAAAUCAAGUUAAAGAGGAAGCGGAUAAGGAAGAAAUGAAACUUAACUUUGGAGUCAGCGACUGGAAGUGGGAAUUGCUGCAGCAGGCCCUGCGUCACAUAUAUCAACGCAUCCUAGUGGAGCCGCAGGCGGAUAUCCAGGCAUUAGCCCGUCAGGUGUGGUCCAAUCUUAUCCAGCAUGCAGAUUUGGGUGCGUUGUUGCAUGCUGCCUGUCCAUUCGUGUCGUCCUGGAUAUGCCUUUCAAUGCAGCCACCUAGAUUGGCUUUUGAUGCAGGGGUCCUGAUCAGAGCUGGUGGAGAUGUAAGCACGCCAGGAAGCACCUCCCGAAAACGAACGCCCCGCAUAGGAGACGAAUUGGGCGGUAACAUUCUAGCGCAAUCAAACGCCUCAUUGAAAUUAUACCUUGGUGGUAGCGAAGCCACGCCUUUGGAUGUCCGGGAUGCCAAUUUUAUGCGAGCCCGGAUUUCCUCAUCUCGGGCACUGGGUGCACUUUCUCAUUACCUGGUUCAGCCAGCACCGGGAGUGGUGUAUACCCCACAAACGGAGAGUCCCACAGACUGUUAUACAAAAGUACUAUUGGGUCAUUUAAAUGCCCACUCUGCUGUCCAGCGAAUCGUCUGCGGGCUGAUCAUUGCGUUUUGGGCGCUAGAAGACGAGCCAGUUCGCCCAGGACCGCCCAAUCUGCAGGAAAAGUUACACCAAUGUGUGAGCGAGUACGUCUACUACGAUGAGGUAGCCAUCUCACUGACCCGACUACUACAAGAGGCACAAGACUUUAUUGCUACGCUGAAGCAGAACAAAAUCCCGAUUAACGAUUUCAAUAAUGCCAAGAUCCUUACUCUAGAUCAAAUCGAGGCAGUGGCAACUACGCUAAGCGAAAAUCUGCGUUCUUAUCCCCUCAAGCCGAAAGUUUUAGAUAUGCUAGAGGAGCGUCGACGCAGCCUUCAGGCCUCCUACCAGCAGACAACCAGUGAGCAAAGCGCCUAUCAUGUCAGUGCUCAGGCAGCACUCGCUGGCGCCAUCUGCGCUCUUCACUGCCUGCCAGAUAAGCUGAAUCCGGUGGUCAAGCCAUUAAUGGAGUCCAUCAAGCGGGAGCAGUGCCUCCAGCUGCAGCAGCUGUCUGCCGAGUUCCUGGUCCACCUUAUGGAUCAGGUCUGUGAUAGAAAUCCUAGUCCAAAUAGCAAGAUUUUAAACAACCUUUGUACGCUGUUAAGGAGCGAUCCCGAAUUCACUCCCAAACUGGUAAUGCCACUAGAAACCCUCAAACAGACGCCAGUUUCGUCUGAGGUUAUUAAUAAUUGUGUUUACUAUGGUAUCCUAACACUGGCACUUCAACAGACAGUGACAACCACUAACACGCGAAGCGGUGCGGGCGGUGCAACAACUCCCACUGCUACUACGGCCCCCAGGGGCCCUGGGCGACCGCCCACUGGCGAAAUAUUGUCCGCAACCAACGCCACUGCUCACAUUGAGCUUAAGGCGCAGCAAGCCAAGGAGGCGGAGGCGAAGCAAUGCCGCAUACAGCGCCUGGGAGCGGCAUGUGCCAUUGAAAAGCUGUGUAGGAUAUUUGGAGAGCAAAUCAUUGAAAAGGUGGCUGUUUUCCAACAUCUGAUGUUUGGCAAGGUGGAGCAGUUCGUAAAAGAAGCGUACGACUGGCGAUUGGGCAGCCUUCUUCCAGAUCUGGGAGUGUGCAAUGAGCUUGUCAGCUCUAUGCAGCUUAUUGAGACAGCAGCCCCCCAUCUGCAUGUUGCACUGCAUCCUCAGAUGUUUGCCCUUCUGCCCUCCCUUGGCUUUAUCGUUUGCCAUCCUCUUAAGGCAGUCCGACACAUGGCCGCUCGUUGCAUCGCCGUGCUGGCCGAGAUCGAUGCUUGCCAGACUAUGCAGUUUGUGGUUCACGAUCUGUUACCGCUGCUUGGGAAGAUUGAGCAACUUAUAGAGCGACAAGGAGCCAUAGAGGCUAUCGAACGCGUGGUCAGCAGGCUGCAGAUAAAAGUGGUGCCCUACAUCGUGCUGCUGGUGGUGCCUCUACUGGGCGCAAUGAGCGAUCCGGAUGAGUCAGUGCGAUUGCUUUCCACGCACUGCUUUGCAAAUCUAGUCCAGUUAAUGCCUCUGGACGGAAAGACGGAGCAAUUAAAAAGCGAUCCGCUGCAGGCGCGCAAAACGCGUGACCGUGAGUUUCUCGACUAUCUUUUCAAUCCAAAGAGCAUUCCCAAUUAUAAGGUUCCGGUACCAAUAAGUGUGGAGCUGCGCUGCUAUCAACAAGCCGGCAUCAACUGGCUGUGGUUCCUGAACAAAUACAAUCUACACGGCAUUCUUUGCGACGAUAUGGGGUUGGGCAAAACUCUGCAAACCAUAUGCAUCCUUGCCGGAGACCACAUGCACCGUCAGACAGCCAAUUUGGCGAAUCUGCCUAGUCUCGUCAUUUGCCCACCAACUUUAACCGGUCAUUGGGUGUACGAGGUGGAGAAAUUCCUUGACCAGGGAUCCGUUCUGCGUCCCUUACACUACUACGGAUUCCCAGUGGGAAGAGAGAAGCUAAGGAGUGAUAUCGGAACAAAGUGUAACCUGGUUGUGGCAUCGUACGACACUGUGCGCAAGGACAUCGACUUCUUCAGCGGAAUACACUUUAACUAUUGCGUUUUGGAUGAAGGCCAUAUUAUUAAGAACGGAAAGACAAAGAGCUCUAAGGCAAUAAAGCGAUUAAAGGCAAACCAUAGACUGAUCCUCUCCGGCACUCCCAUCCAGAACAAUGUGCUCGAGUUGUGGUCCUUGUUUGACUUUUUAAUGCCCGGCUUCCUUGGCACUGAGAAGCAGUUCGUGCAACGCUUUUCACGUCCCAUUCUGUCAUCUCGGGAUGCAAAGAGCUCUGCCAAGGAGCAGGAAGCUGGAGUGCUGGCCAUGGAGGCGCUGCAUAGACAAGUUCUGCCCUUCCUGCUGCGCCGUGUUAAGGAGGAUGUGCUGAAGGACCUACCGCCAAAGAUCACCCAGGACUUACUUUGCGAACUGAGUCCGCUCCAGCUUCGACUGUAUGAAGAUUUUAGCAAUAAACACCUGAAAGACUGUUUAGACAAACUGGGCGACUCGUCGUCGGCAUCCAUGGUGACGGAGAAUCUCAGCGCCAAGACACACAUUUUCCAAGCGCUUCGAUACCUGCAGAACGUAUGCAACCAUCCCAAGCUGGUGUUGCGUCAGUCUGAGGAGCUCACGAAGGUGACCAGUCAGUUGGCGUUGUCAAACAGCUCAUUGGACGACAUUGAGCACUCUGCAAAGCUGCCCGCCUUGAAGCAACUUCUCCUAGACUGCGGCAUUGGUGUGCAGACGGAGUCGGUGAGCCAGCAUCGUGCCCUAAUCUUCUGCCAGCUGAAGGCGAUGCUGGACAUUGUGGAACAGGAUCUAUUGCGCCGCCAUCUGCCCAGCGUCACAUAUCUGCGGCUGGACGGCAGUGUACCCGCCUCACAGCGACAGGAUAUAGUCAAUAACUUCAACAGCGAUCCCAGCAUCGAUGUCCUGCUCCUGACCACUAUGGUUGGCGGCCUGGGUCUAAAUCUAACAGGCGCCGAUACGGUCAUCUUUGUCGAGCACGACUGGAAUCCAAUGAAGGAUCUGCAGGCUAUGGACCGCGCCCACCGAAUCGGCCAAAAGAAAGUAGUAAAUGUUUACCGGCUGAUCACACGCAACUCGCUGGAGGAAAAGAUCAUGGGGCUGCAAAAGUUUAAGAUACUCACCGCCAACACUGUGGUGAGUGCGGAGAACGCUUCGCUGCAGACAAUGGGCACCUCACAGAUCUUUGACCUCUUCAACGGAGGGAAAGACAAGGGAGCAGAAUCUGGAUCAUCAGCGGUGCAAGGAACAGCAUCGGGCGGCAUGUCCAUGAACACCAUUAUCGAGAACUUGCCGGAACUCUGGUCCGAGCAUCAGUACGAGGAAGAGUACGACUUGGGCAACUUUGUGCAGGCACUGAAAAAGUAGACUACUGCUUCCCACUCUAAGACUUCCAGUUUUAGGCUACGUUGAUCAUUUAUAUUGCCCUCUGUUCCUUUAUAAUCGCGAAAAGAAACUUUUAGAAAUAAAUAUUAAUAAAGCUUGAAACUAAAU